AUUUCUUUCAAGUGUCAAAUUAGUUUUAAAAUUGAGCCAAAGGUUUAACUUUGAACAAUAUACAAACCUAAAAUUCUGUUUAAAAUUGAUACUAUAGCGGUCUGCUGCUGUAACCAAGUUUCAAACCUCUUCCUACUCCAGUUCAGGCAAAUAAAAUGUCAUCUAGUCGUUCAAAAUCAUCAAUUCUUGACAAGCCUCUCAGUAAAGGAAAAGGCGAAGUCUCUCUAGCUAUUUACGCUCUGCUGUUUUCAGAAAUAGUACAGUAUAGUCAAAAUCGUUCGCAUUCCAUACAGGAAUUACAGACUAAACUGUCUGAAAUGGGACAAGACGUUGGUAGCAGAUUGCUAGAUUUAUACUUUGUUAGAGAAAGAAAUAGUAAACGAGAAAUAAAACUUCUUAACAUGCUAUUGUUUGUUAAAUCAACUCUGUGGAAGGUAUUAUUUGGUAAAGAAGCAGAUAAGUUAGAGCAUGCAAAUGAUGAUGAAAGGACAUACUAUAUUAUUGAAAAGGAUGCUCUGGUAAAUAAAUUUAUAAGUGUACCUAAAGACAAAGGAUCCCUUAACUGUGCAUCUUUCAACGCUGGAAUUAUUGAAGCAGUUUUAACUAGAAGUGGCUUUGCUGCUAAAGUGACUGCUCAUUGGCAUAAAGGCACAACAUAUAUGGUUAAAUUUGAUGAUGCUGUGAUUUUGAGGGACAAGUCAUUGGAUGACCGAUAAUUUUUUAAAUCAAAAUAAUCCCCUUUGUUAUGUUUUAUAUUUUAAGAAAAAAAAUACUAAUUUUAAGUUCCAAAAACUUUUGACAGCACCACUAAAUAGGUCUUCAUAGUCAUAGUUGGAACUGACCUAAGGAAGAUAAUAUAGAUAAUAUUUUGCAAAACAUAAUAUAUUCUACAUUAUUAUUUCUUAAGACAUUCAGAAUAUUAAAAACAUUACAAGUGCAACAAAAUAUUUUUUAACAAAUCUAAUAUUCUCUACCAAUAUUUUAAUUUCCAAUACUAAAUUAGGUUGGUGUUUUUUUUUUAUUCAGUUCAUAUGUAAUCAUAAACAUGCAGAUAACUUAUGCAGCAUUCCCUGCUGUUUCCACAAAUGUUUUUAGCUUUAAUGAAGAUGAAAUAAUCAUGUGUAUGAUCAAGCUGUAAAUUGAGUCUCUGUGUUGAAUGCCCAUAGAUGGGAAAAUUACAGUUCUAGUGUUGAUUGAAA